CGACUUUAUGAAUAUGUCAGCCAUUACAAUUCAGUAUUCAAAGUAAAACUAAAGGAAAAAUGGAUAAAGAAGAUAAAGAAGAUAAAACUAGACACUUUAUAGUUGGAUCUGUCUACUUAGAGGUUGUUACUCCAUUGUUUCAACAAAAGUUAUACGAAAAUUAUAAAAGCCUCAACUUUGGAUGUCUGAAGGAUUUUCUUGAUAAUAAGGCAGUCAUCCACAUUUUAUUUCACCUACGCCACAGGAAUGCAAGGUGCUGUACAGAUAAGGCAAACUGCACCAACCAAGGAGCUCUUCCUCUAAAUCAUCACCAAUGGAAACAACUGUAUGCUGAAAAUCCAGGGCCUGGUAUACACAACUGUUUUUGUAAGUACACAGCCAAUUCAGUCAAACUAAAGGAUCUUGAUUUGAGUUUGUGUGGUCUGAUAUUGUUUAACUGCUGCAACUUGGGACAACUCGAUCAAGAUGCAGUCCAUAUUCUCCGACGGAAUAAAAACGACUAUCUGAGUCAUAACACAAAGUGUGGUAUAACAAAGGAUGAAUAUGACACAGUGAUGGAUGAGCUUAAGACUAACGUUCUUCAACUUGAUCAGACCAAAGAAGAUGAAUUGAUAAGGAUACAGAAAAGACCACUGGAUGACGCACUGUGUAACAAAUACAUGACAAUCCUUCUAGAUAUCCAUGAGAUAUUUGAAAAGAUUGACAAUAAAAUAGAACUAAUACGAGACAAAAUGAACAUCAACAAUGAUCAGUUGACUGCUAAAAUAGAGGAAGCAUUACAGAAUGCAAUAUGCUAUAGUUGUAAAGAAAAAUUGAAUAAACAAGAAACUAAAGAACAGAAAAUAAAAACUUACAAACUAGGACAGCCUAUUUUCACACUACAUCAUCAGACAGACCUGACAUCAGCAAUUGGUAAUGAUUUGAGUACAGUAGUCUCAGAUAAAGUGAUGAUGGAUGAUGGUAGGCUAGUGCUAUGUAUACCUGACCAACACAUACUAUUAAUCUGUGAUAUAGAUGGAUCAAAGGUUGACAGAAUACAUCUAAAGAAUGGACCAUGGUCUGUGGCAGCAGUCAACGACUAUACAGUAGCUGUUCUGAUGCUUAUCGACAGUAUAGAGAUGUAUGACAUAAACAAUAAACUCAAACUUAAAUCAAUCUCAGUACCAGGAAUGUGGCAAACAACCGGCAUUACAACAACAAAUAACAAGUUAGUUGUAUUUGGUCAGUACAAACUACUGAUCAUAGAUCACCAGACAGGAGAAGUAGUACAGACAAUAGAAACUGAAUGUAUUCCUAAUUGGUUACAUGGUUCUGGUGACAGAAUACUCUACUGUGAUAACAACUUCUACAAUACCAAUAACAACAAACUGCACUGUUACAGUUACCUUGAUGGCAAAAAUCAUAAUCUAACAUUACCAUCACAACCUUUCAGGAUGACUACACUACAAGAUGGCAGUCUAUAUGUGGUUUGUAUGGAUAAAUCAGUACAACAUGUGUCAUCUGAUGUUACACAGUAUGAAACUGUUACAACAAAGGGACUAAAAGAACUGCAACAUCUUUUGAUAUUACAUAAUUCAAAGCAAAGAAAACUGGUCACAAAUGGUGAUCAGAGAUUAAUUUUCAACGUCUUCUAUGAGGAAUAAUAGUCUUGUAUGAGUAUUUCUAUGUUUUGGCUUGGUAAAAGUACCUUAUUCGGAAUUUACGUUCACUCAGACUUAUGUAAAUCAUUUUUUAUCGGGAAAAGAUUCAGUAAAAAUGACAACAAAAAGAUGCUCCUCAGGUCCUGAAAUGAUCAUCUGGCAAAAAUAUGUCAUUUAAACAAAAACAAAAGUUUAGAAAAAAAUUACCUAUUUCCAAAUAUACAGCUAAGCUGAAAAAGUGAAAUACUUCAUUCUUCAGUACCUGGAUCACAUAAUUAAAAUAUGAAAUAACAAUAAUCACCUUUUUGCAAAAUAUCCCUCUUCCUAGUCAACACCCCCUCCCCCCCCCCGUAAAAAAAAUCUUUCUUGUUCAAAUGGUCCUCUACUAAAACGUCAUCACAAAAUCAAUCCAAAUCCAUAAAAUGCUCAUAAGAUAACCUUUUAACCGUAAUAACUCUUAGACGGAGUCAACUGGUUGUUUAUUUCAUAUCGUCAUUUUGGAGAUCUCCUAUUGAUGAUAUGUUUUGCUGUUUACAGUUUAUUACUUUUCUAGUUUGUGAUGAUCGGCAAAAACACAAAAAUGAGUAAAAAUAAACUGUCAAUAGAGGGCAAUAACUUCUAUAAGGAGUUGUGGAAUGGAUUCUGUAAUUCAAUUUUGGUAUUGUUGAUCAUUUAAGAGUUGAUAGUUUCUGUCUAUCUAAUAUAUAUUUUGCGAUAAUUUUUAAAAUACCAAAAAUAGUAUAAAAAUCAUUUAUUAAUAACAGAAUCUACUUUAAGGAAUUGUCUAAUGAUAACAGAAAUCUGGCAUAUCUGUAGAACUUGUGUUGAUGAUCAUUUUAUCCGUUUACAAUUUCUGCGCAUUUAUUAUAGUUUUCGACAUCAAAGGCAAACACCUAGACAUUUGUAAAAUAAAAUGUAACACAAGGUCAAUAACGUCUAUAAUGAGUCAUCUGAAUAUUACUAUGGAAAUAAGACGUAGGCCAAACUUUACAUUCUGAGUUAUUUUGUUUUGCCCCUUCAUAUUUUCUCGAUUUAUAAUGAUAUUGAAGUAGAAACAUUGUACACUUUUAUUCUUUUUUUUUAAUCUUUUUGGCAGAUUGGUAGGCACAAAAAAACACAAACCUUUAUAUUCAAUACACUGUAAAGAUCAUUCAGUUGAAGUUUAGUUGUAAUUGAUCAUGUGUUUUUAGGGAAUAUUUAAAAAAAAGAAACAAAAAAAACCAAAAAAACUUUAUGACGACAGACGACGACGAUAACUACCACAGCUUAUAGGGCUAGAGGAGCUUAAAAGAGAUGAAAACAAGUAUAAACACUUCUCCUCAUUAAGAAUUGAUCAAUUCAUAUUUUAUUAAGGAAAAACAACUGACUGAAAAAACUGAGAUAGGUGGAAAAAAUGCAUUAUGGUGAGGAGAUAAUGUGAAAGAUUCAUACUUUUAGUUUUAUAAACAUGAACAUUCUACAUUACCAUUACAUUAUUUAUCUCAAUAUGAACCUCAUACAUAACCAUAAUAUUAUUUUAUCUGAACAUGAACAUCGUACAUAAUCUCAACAUUGUUUUAUUUAAAUAUGAACAUCAUACAAACAUGUAACCAUAACAUUAUUUUAUCUGAUUAUGAACAUCAUAAAUAAGCAUAACAUUUUUUAAUCUGAACAUGAACAUCAUACCUUACCAUAAUGUUGUUUUAUCUGGACAUGAACAUUAUACAUAACCAUAACAUUGUUUUAUCUGGACCUGCACAUAAUCCAUAACCAUAACAUUGUUUUAUCCGGACAUGAACAUAAUACAUAACAAAAACAAUAUUUAUCUGAACAUGAACAUAAUAUAUAACGAUGAAAUUACCUUAUCUGAACAUGAACAUCAUACUUUACAAAAACAAUAUUUAUCUGAACAUGAACACCAUACAUAACAAUAACACUGUUUUAUCUGGACAUGAACACCAUACAUAACAAUAACACUGUUUUAUCUGGACAUGAACACCAUACAUAACAAUAACACUGUUUUAUCUGGACAUGAACAUCAUACAUAACAAUAACACUGUUUUAUCUGGACAUGAACACCAUACAUAACAAUAACACUGUUUUAUCUGGACAUGAACACCAUACAUAACAAUAACACUGUUUUAUCUGGACAUGAACACCAUACAUAACAAUAACACUGUUUUAUCUGGACAUGAACACCAUACAUAACAAUAACACUGUUUUAUCUGGACAUGAACACCAUACAUAACAAUAACACUGUUUUAUCUGGACAUGAACAUCAUACAUAACAAUAACACUGUUUUAUCUGGACAUGAACACCAUACAUAACAAUAACACUGUUUUAUCUGGACAUGAACAUCAUACAUUACAAUAACACUAUUUUAUCUGAACAUGAACAUCAUACAUAACCAUAACAUUGUUUUAUUUGGACAUGAACAUCAUACAUAACAAUAACACUGUUUUAUCUGGACAUGAACACCAUACAUAACCAUAACAUUGUUUUAUCUGAACAUGAACAGCAUACAUAACAAUAACACUGUUUCAUCUGAACAUGAACAUCAUACAUAACAAUAUAAUUACAUAUCUGAACAUGAACAUCAUACAUAACCAUAACAUUAUUUUAUCUGAACAUGAACAUAAUACAUAACCAUGAAUUACCUUAUCUGAACAUGAACAUCAUACAUAGCAAUAACACUGUUUCAUCUAAACAUGAACAUUAUACAUAACCAUAACAUUGUUUUAUUUGGACAUGAACAUCAUACAUAACAAUAACACUGUUUUAUCUGGACAUGAACACCAUACAUAACCAUAACAUUGUUUUAUCUGAACAUGAACAGCAUACAUAACAAUAACACUGUUUCAUCUGAACAUGAACAUCAUACAUAACAAUAUAAUUACAUAUCUGAACAUGAACAUCAUACAUAACCAUAACAUUAUUUUAUCUGAACAUGAACAUAAUACAUAACCAUGAAUUACCUUAUCUGAACAUGAACAUCAUACAUAGCAAUAACACUGUUUCAUCUAAACAUGAACAUUAUACAUAAUCAUAACAUUAUUUUAUCCUCAGCUCCACAUCUACUAAAUAACUUUCUGAUCAUUUCACUCAUUCAGUUCAAUCAGUUCUUUCUAUAAAUAUAUAUCACGAUUAGUUAAAGAUACUUACAAUGAUUGAACUCGUUGUGGAAGUAUUGUUUUCCUUAAGAUAUUAACUACUAAUAAAUUAUAUUCAAAACCAGUUGGUAAAAUGUUUACCUAUCCAAAUAUUGAUAAUAUUCCUUGUAUUCAUACAGGUUAUGUUUCAAACAUGCACAUUUAUUAAAGAGAAUCAUUUUUUUUUUUUCAAUUUUUAUUUCGUAAAUGCUAUUCCCACUUAUAGUAAACGGGUGGCAUCCGAAAAUAAUUUUGAACUUCUUUUAAUGUUCAAAUCAUCAUUAGUAACAUCUGGUUAUAGAUUUCACCAUUCAAUUCAUUUCAACUUUGUGAACAGCAGCUUUAAAACAAAGCUCUGUAAACAGACCGCCCUGUCCUAAUACAUCAUAGUUUUGUCUUAACAUUAGCAUGAUUAAUAUUUCACAGUUUUUUAAGUUCAAACACAAAAAUUAAAAAACUUUGCAAAUACAAAUCUCCCUCUCACAACACAUUUAGAAUCUACCGACAAUCAUCCUUUUCAUUGUAUUUUUAUAGAAAAGGUAUUCUUCUUGUUGACAUUCGGUUUUUUUCAUGACUAUUUGUAAUGUGCAUUAUCAUUGUAUUAAUAAAUGUGUGUUUUUA